CCCGGGGAUGCUGGGGGCUCUGAGAGAGCCCGGGCUGGGCAGGUUUCCUGAUCCGGGGAUCGCAGGGCCCCUUGCCAUUGGCCCGCGCUGUCACAUGGACUCAACUUUGUUCACUUGACAAAAUUAAUGGCCAUGAGCUCGUUUUUGAUCAACUCCAACUAUGUGGACCCCAAGUUCCCACCCUGUGAAGAGUAUUCCCACAGCGAUUACCUUCCCAAUCACUCGCCGGAAUAUUACAGCAGCCAGAGGCGAGAGAGCACUUUCCACCAUGAAGCGAUGUACCAGCCGCGGUCAGCCUGCAAGGAGCAGCUCUACUCGUCCUGUCAGAGCUCCGGCCACCAAGCAGCGGUGUUAUCCCCCCGGGGUCAUGUCCAUCCUCCGGCCGGACUGCAGAGCCACCUCUCUGAGCCAAGCCAGCCCUGCGAGCCGCUCACCCCCAGCCCACCACCCUCUUGCAGCCAAAACUCUCUGAACCAAAGCCCUUCCGAUUCCUCGGGCAAAGAGCCGGUAGUUUACCCCUGGAUGAAAAAAGUCCAUGUAAGCACGGUAAACCCCAAUUACUCAGGAGGGGAACCGAAACGCUCCCGCACAGCAUACACCAGGCAGCAAGUCCUGGAGCUGGAGAAGGAAUUUCACUAUAACCGCUAUCUCACCCGGAGGCGCAGGGUCGAGAUUGCUCACUCCCUCUGCCUCUCCGAGCGCCAGAUCAAAAUCUGGUUCCAGAACAGGAGGAUGAAAUGGAAAAAAGAUCACAAGUUACCAAAUACCAAGAUCAGGUCUAAUUCUGCCAGCUCCUCUGCCAGCCUACAGAUCCCACAAGGAGGAUCUCAAACCCGAGUGCAUGGACCAGCCAGCAGCCUAUAACUGUCUUUGGAUGGAUGGAUGGAUGGAUGGAUGGAUGGAUGGAUGGAUGGAGUGUGCAUGUUUGUGAGUGUAGGUUUGUGUGUGAGUAGGAGACACAUGGUAAUUUUAUUUUUUUUUUAAUGCUCCAAGAAGAGAGGGAAGGAGGGCAGCUCUUUAUUUAUAAAGGGAACAGAGGGAGACUCAGCUGCAACAAAGCAGAGCCGUGCUGUUGUGCCUCUCUUCCAUUAAAAGAAGGCUGCAGAUAGUAGUUUUCAGAUUUGGCUAAGAUGGAUCCUUGUUUCAUCUUUAAUCACGCCAAGCUCUGCCCCAUUUGUCAUGUUUACUCUCCCGUACAAAGGAUGGACCUUAUGUCUGCUAUUACCUCGACAACCAGCGCUCGCUUUAAUAAAUGAGGCUCAGUUUCUUCAAGACGAACUGGAUUUUCUCCCCCCACAGCUCACCCCCCCAUCCCACCGGUUUUUUUUCCUCCUCUUUUUCUUUUCUCGCCUACCAGCCGCAAACGGAAAGUUUCUGCCCAGCCAGCCCAAAGAUGCGGCGGGUUCUAGUACACCCCGCUGUACUAGGGAUGAUAAAACCAACAAACCCAACCAAAAUCACCCCUCGGGUGGAGCGGGGGCAGGGGGACUCUCAGACACUGCGCUUGUCAUGCGUGGGAGUGGGGAGGGGAUGGAGUGGUGGACAUCCUUAAAUUAAAAAAAAAAAAAAAGAAAAUAAGGAAAACUAGAUUAAGCGGGUGAUGGACAAAGAAAGCGAGAGGACGGGGAGGGAUGUAGGAUCCCCCCUGACUUUUUUUUUUUCUUUUUUUGAGGCCAGCAGGUUAAUUGUGAAUCUGG